AUGCAAAAAUUACAGAUGUUGGGUUCUGUGUCGCGAAUUUUCAAGCUAUCGCCUGCCCUGCUCAAUGCCUCGAGGCUGAUCUCUACAACAUCGGUCCAGGCUCAUCAUUGUCCUCGUCCCCUCGGCCCCAAGGACAAGGUGCCCGACUUCAAGGGAACUGCUGUCGUUGAUGGUGAAUUCAAGCCUAUUAAACUGAAGGACUAUGAGGGCAAAUGGCUGGUCUUCUUCUUCUACCCUCUAGAUUUCACGUUUGUAUGCCCAACGGAAAUCAUUGCUUUCUCCGAUCGCGUCGAGGAGUUCAAAAAGCUUGGAGUCCAGGUCGUCGCUUGCUCAUGCGACUCGCACUUCUCACACCUGGCUUGGACACAAACCCCGCGCCGCGAAUCCGGACUCUCUUACCGCGGCCUCUUCAUCGCUGAUCCGAAAGGAAAUAUCCGUUCAGUCACGUGCAACGAUCUUCCGGUGGGCCGUUCGGUCGACGAGACGUUGCGUGUCAUCAAGGCCUUCCAACAUGUCGAGAAGCACGGAGAGGUCUGCCCAGCCGACUGGAAGGAGGAUUCUCCCACUAUCAAGCCGUCCGACAGCAAAGAAUACUUUGAAAAAGUCAACAAGGUUCUAAUGAACCAGCGUGGCUUAGCCCCGUUUGGAACUGAAUACGAUGAGCUUGAUGAAUCCGAAAAGGACCAUGUCUUCAAGAAGCCUGCAACUGUUUACGAUCAAGUGGCCACCGACGAGAAAGGGAGAAGGAGAUUCCAUGGCGCCUUCACUGGCGGCUUCUCUGCUGGCUUCUUCAACACAGUUGGGUCGAAGAAAGGCUUCUAUCCACAAGCCUUCAAAUCAACAAGAGAUGAGCGCCAGGAUCGUUUCAAGCAGAAACCUGAAGAUUUCAUGGAUUCUGAGGACUUGGGCGAGUUCGGGAUUUCUUCUCGGCAAAUCAAGCGUUCUGAGAACUUCCAGAAAGAAGAUUCGAAUCGAAAACGCUUGGCGUGGGAACAUGAUGGAGGAGCCGUUUCGGGUUUAGCUGGUCUUGUCGAGGACAUGAUCCGGCCUUCAAGUGACACGAUCGGCAUAACGAUGUUGCGAGAGAUGGGAUGGCGCCAAGGGCGUGGCGUCGGCUUGUUAACCGCUCGGGAAAAGGCUCAGCGGGGAACGGACGAAUGGGACAGGAAUGAGAUUGAUCGUUGGGCAGGGGGAUUCGAACUUUCUGCUGAUGAUUGCUUUGUUAAAAUCAUGAAGCCCGUGGAAGGUGUUCAUGGCAUCGGGUACAAAGGGCUUCAAUCAACCUCCGUUCUUGACCAGACUUCUGGUUUCCGUGAAACCGCCUACAAAGGAGCUUCAAAAGGUAGAGGCAUCAAGGGCCAGGCGUUCGGCGUGGGCGCUUUCGAAGAUGAAGAUGACAACAUCUACACUUCUUUUGAUCUUUCCCAGUACGACUUCGCUUUGGAUGUGCCGGGAAAAGCACCACAAGCUGCCCACGUUGACACCCACUUCACGCCUCCCGUCGGCCGGGUGCCCCCUAGAAAAUUCUAUCCGCCACCACAACUUCCACCCAACUUCAAGCCGGAGCAUAAGCCAUUCGCCUUGGACCAAUCCAAAUUGCCGAACCAAGUGCAAGAAUCUAUUCAGCGCAUGAAUCCGGAAAUCCGAGCUAGGAUCCUUGGCGAGGAAAGGACGAAAAAUUUCGAGGCUAUGAAGAAAGAAGACCGUGCUCGCGCCCGUGGAACACGAGUUAGCCGUUGGCACGAACCUCCAGCACCUGAUGACGGUAUCAUCCCGUUCUGUUGGCGCCCUGUGUUUCUUGAUGAGCCGAUGAAGUAUGCACGUUUCAAGGAGUUUUUGCUUUACACUAAGCGAGGUCUACCUUAUCCCAAACCGACUGAUAUGAGUGUGUGGGAAUGGGAGGCUGAGAAAAAAGAUUUUGAAGCGCAGCUUUCCGAGAAGGAGCGGGAGAUGCUGCCAGAGGUGCGAUCCAGGACUCAGCCACUAGCCAACACCUCGCUGACGAUGCCUCUCCAAGAAAUUUUGCAGAGCCGUUUUGUUUCUGAAAAGGGGCCGGCUGAAAAGCUUGCUGGAAUAGAUAAGGACAAAAUGGCGGCUGUUCAAAUGGAUCUUUUCGGGACAAAGACGAGGACCACUCAUGAAUGGAGGCCAAACAAGAACUUGGCAAAAGCAUUCAAUGUGCCAAAUGCAUUUCCUGGUUCGACGUUUGAUGGAUGCUGGCAUAUGCAGAAAUCUACUAAGCCCAAAGAUUCCAUCGCUAAUUUGGGCUUGCCGAACACACAUGAUGAACUAGCGUUCAAGGAGCAGAAAUGGCACGGGGAGCCCCUUCCACAUGACAAAGAUGACAUCAAGGAGGAAGUGCAAGGAGAAAUAGAGGAACCGAAGCUGGACGCGGUUUGGACUGAAAGACCACCGAUGGAGCUUUUCGAGGCGAUUUUUGACGAAUCUGAGAAGAUCGAUGAGGAGGAAGAACGUCAAAUAGCAGAAGCUCAACGUCGACGUACCGAAGAAAAAGAGCGAAGAGCCCGUCUUCACGCAAAAAAGUAUCACCUGCUCGCGAAGAACGUUAAAAUUCCGGGUGUUGCUCCUGUCUCAAGUGAUGAGUCCGAUGAAGAGCGGGCAGUCAAGCCAACCGUUGCUGUUGACGAACCGACAACAGCUAUCGGCCCAGCCCUUCCGCCUGCAGCAUCGAGCUCGUCAGUUAUAACUGCCGAUACCUUGCUGAAAUAUUUGAAAGAGGAUCUGGGGGGAAGCCACUCGUCCAGGAAGCCAAAGCACAAGAAGAAGAAGGCGAAGAAAGAGAAAAAGUCGAAGGCUGCCAAGCGGAAACGCUCCAAAACAAGCAAGAAGCACAGCGAGAGCGACAGCGGCGCCUCCACAGUUACGUUAGAUUCUGAU